AUGUCGGUAGACAGCAGAACGUUUGAGCAAAUUAUUGAAGCAUGCAAAGCAAGUAUAUCUCAGAGAAGGAAUAUAAAAAAAUGGAAUGGAAUCAAUGUCGAACAGAUAGUAAACAUAAUACUGAUGGCAAAAAAAAACACAAGUGAGGAGUAUGAUAUAUGGAGGAAAAUACCUAACGACAAAAAGCCAGUGUGGCGCAUUAACGAGUUGUAUUUCACAUCUGUGAAGAGAACAAGGGUAUCACCAGGUUGCGUGAACUUUUCGCCAGGAUGGCUUGCCCAAGGACAUCAUGGACCAGAUUAUCCUUUGUUGUCAUCGACUACACUGACAUAUGGAAAUCCUGAGCAAGUAAAAAUCUGGCUCGAACAGAUUAAAACUGCACAGUUGCUGUCAAAUAUUCUAUUGCGGCUUCUACAUCCAAAAUUAUACAAAGCAGGACUGAGGACUCUUGAGGGCCUACAACAGCUCCCACAAACAAAGGAAUGGGCAUUACAGUGGAAAUCUGGUAUCAAAAGAACAUCGGGACUCAAAUGGGGAAAACAAGUAUUUUGA